AUGAAAAUUCAUUUAUUUUUACUAUAUCAUUUUUAUUUUUUGAUCACAAUAGUAGUAUGUAUUUACUUUUGUUGCAUUGAUCUAUAUUAUAACUCAAAGAAAUAUAAACUCAAAUUUAUAAGACAUAUAGAAAUACAAUUAGUAAGAAAUUUAGCGGAAUUGUAUGAUUUUAAAGAUGAAGAUAUUAAAAAUUCUUCAGGUAUUUCAAUGAAAGAUCUACAAUUAUUAUACAACAGAAGAGAAUCAAAUUAUGAAAACACAUUGUCUGAAGGCUAUUUUGGAGAUUCAAGAAAUUUAUUUGUAAAAUUAAUAGAUAAUAUAUUUUUUAAAAAUUAUUACAAGUACCUAGAAAAAGAUAAAGAGAUUAUUAGAUCUAUAUAUAACACGUUGGAUGCUACCACCUAUGAAGUGUUAAAUUUUUUAAAAAACUUAGUUGAUGAUGCAAAAGAUCAUGUAAAUAUGGUAUUUCAGGGACUCAACUCUUAUGAUAAAUCCGAAUUGCUUAUAUUUAAUGACGUUGAAUUACACGUAUGGCGCAGUGGAAAUAGCAUAAAUCUAGUAAUUGAUGAUCAAAAUGCGCAUGAAUACUUAGAACAGCUAAAAUUUAAUUCAGAGAUUCCUUUAAGUUUAGAAAAUUCCUUUGAAUAUUUUAGAAAGUUGAAUGAAAAGAAUGACAAAUUUUUUUCAUUACUUAGUAAUAAUGUUUUUAAUUACGAAGGUUAUAUUUUUGAAUAUUAUAAUUUAUAUAUAAAUAAGUUUCCUCUUAAUUAUAUUUAUGGAGAUAAGUCUGAUAUCUAUGAUAACUAUAGAAAUGAAAUGGUAAAGAUUUUUAAUGAAUUUACUAAUUCCAUAUUUUUAUUUAAUAAAAAAGGAUCUACUACAGUUAUUUCUAUAAAAAAAAAUGUUGAUGAAUUUCAUAACUUAAUUAAUAAUAUAAAUAGAGAAUUAGAUCAUACAAUUGAAGUAAAAACACAUAAAUUAUUUAUGGUACUAAAUAAAAUUUUAAAUGGGGACAUAAAAUGUAUAAUAUCAUUUAUUGCUUACAUACUUGAAAUGAACCUUUCGAAAAAUAAGUUUAAAUUAGAUAAAAUUAAAGAAAAAUAUAAUGAGAAGUUAUUUCAAGAUAAGAUUUUAAAUAAAAUAAAUGAUUUAUUUUUACAUGAAAAGGAAGAGAUAAAAGAAUCCAUAGCUGAAUUUAAAAUCUAUAUAAAAGAUAUGUUUGGUUUCGAUGUGAAUAGUACGGGUAUUAGAUCAUUAGUAAGCAAGCUUUAUGGAUCAGUUGAUAUAAAAAGUAUCGAAAAUAUAUUUGAACUUAUUGUAUUCUCAUUAUCAUGUAAGAGACAAAUUAAUGAGUAUGCAAAUUUUAUAGAAUUACUUAAAAAUGAAUCAAAAAAUAAAAGGUUAGGUAAAAAAAAAUUUGUAGGUUCCCAUGGAAAAAUAAAUGAAAAAGUUUUAUUUGUUCCAAAAAGAAAUUCUCAAAACUUAAUAUUAAAGUAUGCUGAAAUUUAUGAAAGAAGUAAUUUUAUUAAUGAUGUUACGUGUUGCUGUAUGGAUUUACCUUUAGCACUAUUGGACAUGGAGAAGGAAAUACGUAAGUUUACCUUCUUUAGAUUCUUAAUAUAUUCGUUAAAUAAUGAGUUGAAUAAAUCAGAAAAACUUUAUUUCAGUUCUAAAAAAGAAAUAUUAUUGAACAAAAAUGUUAUAUUAUUUUUUCUGUAUGACAUUCUGAACUUUCAUAGUAGUUACGAAAAAAAAUAUAAAUAUACUUAUGUUUAG